GUGUUGUAUUGUGUUGUGAGAGUUUCUGAUGAGAUGCUCGUUAGUUUGUCAGGAUGAUUGUGAAUCCAGCUGAUCCAGUCGCGCUGCUUUCUCCCGGUCUGAAGUUAACGGCUGGACCGGGAACUUUAAUGCAUUUAGAGCGGCUGGAAGAUCAGAUAAAGUCUCGCAGAAAUGACAGGAACAGAGAGAUCAAACUGUCACUGCUUUAAUACUGAGAUAUUAUUUCACUGACUGUUUGCACUGUCUGACUUGAAUCUACCCUAUGAAUGAAAAGCGUUUAAUUCCAAACAGCAAUAACAACGAUGCCGUGUUUAAUACUGAACCCUUUAAUUCAUAUAGAGCCUGAUACAGUAUGAUAAUUCUCCCGUGUAUCAUAUUAUAUGGACUAUUAUUGGAUUAUUAUUAUGCUGCUGUAGCAUUACAUGUAUCCAGCACUUUGCUGUAGCUGGUGGAGAAGGAGCUGAUUUGAAGCGUUUAACACUCUGUUGAGUAUUUUAAAAUUAGUCAUCAUAUUUUAGUCGCGGAUUAUAUAUUUUCUAUGCAUUUUUUUAAAAUCUACAAAGUAACUCCAGCUGUCAGAAUAAAGCGUACAUACUAUAGGCUAUGUCAUCUGAAGUGUAGUGGAGUGAAAGUAUAAAACAGCAGAAAAUGAUGGAAAUACUGACAUAAAGUAAGUAGAACUAGAACUAGACUGAUAAAACAGUCAGGCAGAUAUAUUGGCUGAUACUAUAUAUUGCAUAUAUGUGUAUUGGUGUAUAUGUUGGCCAAUAAGUAACAAGAAAUGUCAGCACAGAAAUACCAAAGAUAUGUUGGAGGUCAUUUAGAAACAGUGCUGGAGGUCAUUUACUGAGCUUGUCCAGCAGAGAGCACUGACAGUAAGAGGUGGCUAAUGUGGACUUAUAUUAAUAAUAUUAUGAUAUUGCAAGAUAUUUUUCAAUAACAAUAUUUAUGACAAUAUGAAAAAAGUAUCAUCUGUUUUUUGGCUGCCGUGUUGAGAUGUGUUGUGUCAGUGUGAUGUGGUGGUUUAGAGGAGCAGAGCUGUGGCUCUGUGCUCUUAUAUUUAAAAUCACUGAUGCAAACACACCUGCUGUACUGACUGAGCUGAUCAAUGUUGAACUUAAAGCUGACUUCAACUCAGUGUUAAGUAAAACCACAGACUAUAUAUAAAGAUGGACAUAGCAAGGUGUGAUGUCACGCGUUGGUUUACAUUGGAGCCAGUUUGAAGUGAAUUGCAGUUUACGGUCAGCGUCAUCUUUUCCGUUUGGAGCCAGGAGCCUUCAAAUAAGUAGUUUGGGGUGUUGCCUUUCACACUCUGGAGACACGCCCCGCUACCUCAGAUCCAAGCUAACGCUAGCUUACUUGGAACAGCGAAUGGUGCACACUUGUGCUAACAGUAGCUAACUAACAAGUUAGCUGUCAUUAUCAAGUUAAACAUUAAACUUAGACAAUAGUCUGACUCAGCGCGAGUCCCAGAACCGGGAAGCAAACUGUCAAUCACAGCUGUCAAUCAACGCCCACAUGGCAUCAAAGACACUAUUCGUCUUUAUAUCUUAUUAACGGAGCAAUAAUUUCCAAAAUGUCAUCUGCACACUUACUAGAGGGCCCACAUUUAGAGAUUAACACCAUAAUAACUUGUUGAAUAAAAUACUGACUUAAUAUUUCAUGAAAGAGUUGACACUUUUGAAUGGGAGUCUAUUGGAGCCAGGGAUUUUUAGGAAGCAGCAUCUAGUGACCGUCAGUGGUACUGCACUUUAAGGGUCUUCCACAAUGGCUUCAGUUUCAACCUGUGCUUGGGUAGCCGCUUGGGUAAAACAUGUCUGCCUGGUGAUUAUCAGUCUAACUUCAACCUGGUGACUGCUUGCUCCCCUCAGCUUGUUUCCUAGAAAUGAUUUUUAUGUACUACCGAUUUGCAACAGCAAACAUGUUUUAAAGGAAUAUAAUGCCACAAUAAUUACGUGUUUAUUAUAUCUGGUGAGAAGCACGAUGUUGUUGACAUUCGACCAAAACCUCUGCCUUUUCCUAACCUUCACCAUACUGUUGUUUCCUAAACUCAAUGACAUGCAGGACCUGCUGCGUCCUGUACGCCUGCCAUCCACCCUUUAAACUUGUGUGUGGUACAAAAAUGUAGCACUUUUUUCCUUCACUCAAAAAAAACAUUGCCUGUGAUCAUAAAUCAAGCAGCAACCAUCAGUUUCCCAUCACAACAUGAUUAGGAAAACAAAUUAGUAUUAUAAAUGUCAUUUCUAUGACACAGGGUUGCAAUGUUCUGCUUUGAUUAAUUAUUGAGAAGUGAAUGUAUGAGAUAUUAUACUGACACAUCUAUUCUCCUGCGCAGUUGUGUGACUGGAUCUCUCUCUGAAGGUUCAUGUUAUCAAGCCUCUGCAGAAGUCGCUGUUACUUUCUCUUCCAGCCAUGUGUGUUGCUGCGGCGCUGGUCAUCACAUAAAAACGUCAACAGGGACUCGUCUCCUCUUCUUCCUCUUCUUGUCUUCGUCUCUUCUUCUUCUCUUUGUGCUGCUGUCAUCCUCCAGCCGCCGACGUCAGUGGAACGUUUCAAUCCCCUCUGAUAUUCAGGUUAAUCUGAUUGUGAAGAUUUCCUCUGAGACGCCUCUUCGUCAAUGACGGCCAAGAUGGAGACUCCUUUCUACCAUGAUGACUCCCCCACUGUCUCCGGCUUCAGCCAGAUCGUCGAAUACGAGCGUUACCCGGGAAACAAGAUGCUUAUGAGUAAAAAGGCCAUGUCAGUGGCGGGCAGCCAUCACUUCCCCGGCAGUGGCAGCGGUGCAGCAGGAGGCAGGGGUGGGAACCACAACAACCUGGGGCUCGCCGGCAACAGCUCCCUGAUGGCAGCAGCGGUGUCCUCGGCAGCGUCCUCAGCGGACAUGAACCUGCUGAAGCUGGCGUCCCCCGACCUGGAGCACCUGAUCAUCCAGUCCAACCAGGGACUGGUCACCACCAGCCCCGUGAACAACUCCGCUAACCCCUUCAUGUACCGCAACCAGGCCACCAACGAGCAAGAGGGAUUCGCAGACGGCUUUGUCAAAGCGCUGGCUGACCUUCACAAGCAGAACCAGCUGGUAGGAGGUGGGCCCAUGUCCCCGUCCUCGUCCUCCACCGCCCUGCAGGCACCAUAUCAGAGGAACCUGAUGCCAGGCAGUGACAUGCCCGUCUACACCAACCUCAGCAGCUACAACCCAGGCCAGAUGGCGUACUCCGGGGGGCAGAUGGUUUACGGUGGUGGCUCAGGCCACAGCAGCGGCGGGCACCCUCAGCCCCACACUCGAGGUCUGGAUGCCCCUCAGACUGUCCCAGAGGUGCCUCACCCGUCAGGCGACCCUACAUCCCCGCCCUCCCUCUCCCCUAUCGACCUGGAGACGCAGGAGCGAAUCAAAGCUGAGCGCAAGAAGCUCCGCAACCGCAUCGCCGCAUCUAAGUGUCGCAAGCGGAAGCUGGAGCGGAUCUCGCGGCUGGAGGAGAAGGUGAAAGUCCUGAAAAGUCAGAACUCGGAUCUGGCCUCCACCGCUGCCAUGCUGCGGGAGCAGGUCGCUCAGCUCAAACAGAAGGUCAUGAGUCACGUCACCAACGGCUGCCAGAUUGCCGUUGGCGCGGCCGCCAAGUCUGGAGGAGGAGGAGGAGGAGGGGGCGGGACCUGCAGCGAGGACUCCAGCUGCUGAGGAGGCGGGACAUCAGGAGGACAAAAAUGUGAAAAUAAGCCGAGAGGCAGAGGUUUACUUUUAUGAUUUUGGCGUUUCGCUCAUGCUCUCGGUCAGAGCAAGAAGAGAGCAUGCGGCUCGGUGUCAGUAAGGCCUCAGUGGGACUGUUUAUUGGGAUUUACUGAACCGACAUUCCCCGUAAACCACUGUCAAUCAUCCAGCCAGAGUGGGCGGGGCUUAGAGAGGAGACAGGAAGGAUGGAUCCCUGGACGUGGGCAAAGUUUUACUCACGUUGGACAAUUUGGGGUUUUUGACAAUGAAUAGAUGGUGAUGGAUUUCAUUUGAAGAGACUGUUUAGCAGCAGGGUGUGACAUUCAAAGAGGUGUGUGUGUGUGUGUGUUUGUGGGAACUGACACGUUACAUUCAAAAGGUGAAAUCAAGAUUUCCAGCUCAUGAAACUUCUUUAUUUUCAGAUGUCAUUACAUCUCAGUAAAUCAAUUUAACUGGAAAUGGUGAAAUUAUUUUCCACCUCUGACUUUUUUUUAUAUCACAUCAUAUUGCACAUUUCACAUCUGGAAUAAAUAACAUGUUAAGAUGAACAUUUUUAUAGUGUGAACUUAAUCUUUCAUUAGUUGAACAAUAAUGAGAAGUUUGCUUAUAAAAGUUAAUCAGAAUCAGUGCUGUCAGUGAUGUCAUUUAUGUGGAAAACAUUGUCAAGUAAUCAGAUUACUUUUGGUUUCAGAAUGAAGACUGUAAUUGACAUUUUCUUGCAAUAACUGUAACACUUUGCUUAAAAUUGCUGAUGCUACAGUUUGUUUUCCAAUCUCAUUACUGUAAUCUGAUCACUUUUAUGUCACUACAAAACAACAGUGUAAUGCAGCUAAAAAACAUCCUCACUUUGACAACUUUUUGCAGUAACUGCAAUAGAUUUGUGUUAUCUGAUUACUGUAAUCUCUUUACAUAACUGUAACUACAGCUCAGCUCUGGUUGGUAAUCAUGCAGUGAAGAUUUAAACUCAGUUAUGAACUGUGCUUCUGUGUUUUAUUUGUGUGUUGUUUGAAGCUGUGUUUUGAUCAUGAAUUAAAGUUUGAGGUUCUGUCGUCGUGUUGUUCCGGCCUCGCAGCUGUUUGGUGUUUUCAGCUGUUGGCCGGUGGAAUCUUUCAGCACUUUCUCUGGAUCUUUCUGGAAUCUGGACAGAGGAAAUGUUCAAUUUAAGAUCUGCCAAUGUGGAUAUCUGGUUUGAGUUUGGAAACUGGCAUGUGCAAAACAGGCUCUUUUUUUUGUUUUUUGUCUGUUCUUGAUUUGCAAAAAGUUUCAGAAUUAAGGAGACUUUUAGUCUCACAGUUGUAAUAUCUGAUUUUUUUUUUUUUUUAACUUUUCAACAAAUGGAAUAAAAUUCUGUUGGUAGAGAAUUUAAUUUUCAACUUCAAAUAUUUUCAACUUUUUCAAAUAGUGUAUUUGACUUCUGCAGCAGGAGAAAUAUUAUUGGACAGAAAUGAAGAAGGAAAGAGGUUGUUUUUGUGAACAUGAAGCGUUUCAUAUCUCCUUUAUUCUUAUUUCACAGCAACAUCAUGCAAAUAAGAUCUGACUGUUGAAUAACACCCAUUAUUUUGAUAAUUAUAAUGUUAACAAUAUGCAGUUUACUUGUUAUUCCUAUACCUUUUCUACACUGUAAAAAGUAUGAUUCAUAUAACUAAAUUAAUUUGGUUUGUUUGUUUGCAGGUUUAUGUGAGAGAAGCCCAUUGCUGCUAGGAAAAGAGAAAGAUAUUGACAUUGUUGAAAUCAAAUACUCAUGAAGAAGUCAAAAUUUUGAUUUUGUAUGAAAUAAUUUGACUUAGCACUUUGCCAUUAUGUUAUUUCAACUUUCAAAAAGUUCUAAUUUUGUCAGUCUCAAUUUUGACUUACCAUUACUAAAUGUCACUUGCCAUGAGCAUUUGUAUUUUUUUCCUUCCUGGCAGUAAUGGGCUUCCGCUGAUUAAAAACUUUCUAAAAGGCAGAAAAAUAAAUCUGCUGGUGCUUGUGUACAGAAAAUCACUUUGUGCUAUGUCGAUUUUUUUUUUUAUUACACAAAAAUCUGAUCUCAGUGGAAUAUCAAAAGUGUUUCACCUGCUUUAGGAAGAAAAUACCUUUAAGACUCCACAAAUUGGACAUAUUUUUACAGUGAAAAUAAAUAUAAACUAGUCAACCUGGAAAAAUGAGCUUGAAUUUGAAGGCCCAAUCUGUAAUCUUAAAUGUAAAUCAAAAUGUAUAUGAGGGAUAAUCUACUCCAAGCUGUGCAGUUAUGAAAAAUAAUGCACUCUGGAUUGUAUAUAUAUAUGUGAAAAUAAUGCUCACUGUGGAGAUGAGGUCCUGAGAUCUUGUCCUGAGAGGACAUUAGAAGUCCUCUGCAAGGUUGUAGACGUGCCUGAGGAGGCUGUGGAAGUCCUUGAGUGGGCUGUAGAGGUCCUUGAGAAGGUUAUAUGAGGGAUAAUCCACCAACUUGUGUAGUUAUGAAAAAUAACACACUCUGCAUUGUGUACAUAUAUAUGAAAAUAAUGCUUGUUGUGGUGAAUGAGAUCCUGAGGUCCUUGAGGAGACUGUAGACUUCCUCCAGUGAGUUUACUGUAACUCAGCCUGAACCAUCAGUACUGUUGCUAUGGUUACUGCAGUUUAAUAUACCUUAGCUGUGAUUUAGAAUGAUUAUUAAAAUGUUGACGAAUGAUGCGUCCACAUACAUGAUCUUAACAGACACCUGACAGCCAGAGAACAGGAUUCUUUGUUGCCAAAGCUUAAUGAAAACACUUCACAAUAUGUUUUAUUUUUCAGUGUGCAUUAUUGUUCGAUAACUAUACAUUUUAUUGAGAAUGUUCUUACGUAGCAUAAGUUACGUGUGUGAAUAAAUCUCAGAUUUAUGUGGUGAUAAAAUGUACAGAUUGGGCCUUUAAUAUGUUGGUACAGGUUUAUUGUUGUUGUUUAUGUGGUGGGUUGAUUGAUAUUUUCACACAUUUUUUUAACUUGAAGCUGAUGAUCCCUUUCUAUUUUUGGACUCUGUUUUGCACUGACUUUACUGUCCAGUCAGCACGUGUGUAUCAUGCUACAGUUUGUAUAUUGAAGCUGGCAGAUAGAAAAACAUAUAACUGCAAAAAAAAAAAGAAAACAAAUCAGAUUUAUUUUUUGUGGGCGACAAAAAGAUAAAGCUCUACUACUUAAAAACAUUACAUUAUAUCAGAGUUUUAAAUGAUAAUUAAUACUUAAGGAUGAAAACAAUUUGCAGUUACAUGUUUUCUGUCUGACAUUAAGAGACUUUGAAGAAUAAUGUUGAUAAGCGUCAAGAAAAUAUUUAUUUUUUCGAACUUGAACAAGGCUUUUGAUGUCUCUAAUAAUUCUAUUUUUGUACAAAAUGUAUAAAAAUUGUUGUUAUUAAUAUACUGAUGUGUGUGUGUGUGUACAAGAUGUUUAAUUCACUUUGUGUCCCUAUUUAUUAUAAAUAUCUUUUGUUAUACAGACUUCACACUGUUCUGCUGUGUUGAGAUGUUUGUGUCAAUAUAUCAGUGAUGAAAUAUUAAGCUGCUGCUGGGUUGAUUUCUGAAAAUUCAAUUCAAAUGCAGUUUCCUGAAUGCCUCGCUGAGACAUGACUCAUUUAUUUUAGUUGGAUGUCAACAAAUUUCACAUUCAGAAUUAAAAAUCAGUCAAACAACCUCAGUGUUGAAACUGUUAUGAUAGAACAGAUGUU